GAGUCCCGUCCCAAGACAGGAAGUGCUCUCGAGAAAGAGAAAAUGCCCAGUGUGGUCGUAGAUGCGAAUACCGGCAAUGUGCUGGUCGUUCACCGACGCUCUCUCGGACUCGCGAGCGUGUUGUUCUUCGUCGCGAUCAUCUCCUUCAUCUUCGCUGGCUACUCAGGAAACCCAGCGGUGUCUGAAGGAUUGUACUCAUUCGGGUCUUUGUGCUGCCUCCUACUUUUAGUCGUUCUCUUGUGGCGAUGUUGCAGAUGUUGCUGCGCAAGCCACAGGGCCGAAGCUACUGGAUACGUCGUUGUUCAGAGCGCACGGGCCAACACUAACGCUCAAGUCCCUCAAGCCUAUCCCACUCAGAGUUCGCAAGCACUUCUCAUGCCCGGUGUUCAGCCCGCCUACAACCCAAAUAUCGUGGGUCCCACUGUGCCACAGGCUGAGGCACCCCCCUCUUACGCGGAUGCAGUCGGCAUACCCAUCAAGCAGUGAAAUCCUUCUCGAUGGGACACGAUCGGGCUGAUCGUCUUGAAAGUCUGUAACUUCGAACGGAUCGUCAAGCGAGACCUAGAGAUUCAACUCAAGCACAUAGUAACUACUUUUCGUUCAGAUUUUCAAAGUGCAAGGAAUGUUAUAUAAUGAUUACCUCACUGUACAGUACUGUGUUCCAAGUGUAAAUACGCUGAACUUGUCGAGGACUAGCGUCUUCCAACGGGGGCGAAAAAGAAGGCGUUAUGAAUGCAGGCGGAUACCAUCGAAGCCGAGUAUCAGUGUGAUUAGACAAGACAGUAUUCAAUCGAAGUAGCUUCUGUCAGCAUGAAGUUUUUCACAAAGGUUCGAUCGCUCCAAAAAGGUGACUCAGGUGUGAUUGUACUUGGAAUUUCGAGAGCUUUACAUCGGCGAGAUUCGCCCGAUCUUGGUUCUUCGCGUGUAUGUAUUCGGAGUUUGUCCAAAUAACCCCACGUGUGUUCUCAGGAAGAAACAGAGGCAUUCCUUCGCGAAUCUUCAAUAAAAUGAUUUUAUCUCCGAAAGGA